CAUUUGACGAUAUAAUUAUUACAGUUCGUGUCAUCGCAGAGAAGUGCCACAACAGCAACAGAAUCGAAAAUGAAUCCCGUGUUGGCGAGUGUUUUGUUACUCGGUGUUUUUGUGACCGUUUCGUACGCCGGCGACGAUGAUAUUAAAACCAUUGGUGAUUUUUUGAAGAAAUUCGCCCAUAUAAAUAUCGAAGAAGUAUUACAAAAUGAUCGAUUGUUCCAAGCUUAUCAUAAAUGUUUCCUGGAGCAAGGACCGUGUACGCCGGAAGCAAAGGAAAUGAGGAAUGUCAUACCCAGCUUAGUGAAAACAGCCUGUGACGGUUGUUCGCCCGAUCAAAAGAAAGAACUGAAAAAGCACUUGGACUACGCCAAGAACAACCGAGCCAAAGAAUGGGAAGAAUUACUCGACAAGUAUGAUCCGAAACGUGAAAUUUUGGAAAAAUUCUUCUCCAGCGUACCUGACAAAUAAGCACACCAUCGCAUCAUACGUCGAAAAUUAAUGCAUUUUUCCAGUUUCCUCUCCCUUACCUACCUACUGUAUUUAAUACCUAUUUAUAGAAAAUAUAAUUAAUAUUUUUUUCGA